UACAUCCAACCAUGGGAGAGUGAGUUCAUUGACUCUCAAAGAGUCUGGGCUGAGUAUGCGUUAAAACGACAAGAAGCUAAUGCUCAGAACAGGUGAGUGCCCAUACCUUUCACUCUACUGCGUUCUGAUAAGAAUACCCAUGUUAAACUACACGACUUACACAUCAUCGCUAGGUGUUAACAGCGCUCCAGGUUGCAACUGUUUUUGUUGCCAUGUAGGCUUGAUUACCCUGAACAGAGAGAAACAGAAAUUGAGCCUAGUCACCAGGGUGGGUGGAAAAAAUGUUGGGUGACUAAAAUCAGGGCAAGCUGUCGAUUUGGUGUCCUGUGUCCAGUAGUAAUGUGGCAAUGCAGUGGUUUUCAUUACUUCGUGUUGAUGGUCUUUUUUAAGUUAAAGUGAGAUUAACAUAUACUUUUUGCUCCAUGUUCCUUACAAUUCAUCACUUUGGCAUUCAAAAUGUCAGUUUUUGAAUUGUUUUAUGGUGGUAAAUUGACCUAUAUCAAACCAGGCUUUUUUUUCACUCCCCACCAACACAACGCAACAGUACAGUUUCUUUCGAAAUUGACCCCUUCAACAAUUAGCACCUGGACAUACAGAUAACAUUUGAAUAUUUUUCAAGCCUAAUAUUCAACCACUGUUAGCGGUCUUAUCUUAAUAAUUGUUAACCAUAACCUUCUUGGUAUCUUCUCUCUAUGGUAAUUGUACAAAGAAAAUGUUUGCUUUAUAUUAUCUGUUGAUUCCAUCCCCAGACGUUUAACCCUGGAGGAUUUAGAGGACUCGUGGGAUCGUGGAAUACCUCGAAUUAACACACUGUUCCAGAAGGACAGACACACACUUGCUUAUGACAAGGGAUGGANGGUAUCUUCUCUCUAUGGUAAUUGUACAAAGAAAAUGUUUGCUUUAUAUUAUCUGUUGAUUCCAUCCCCAGACGUUUAACCCUGGAGGAUUUAGAGGACUCGUGGGAUCGUGGAAUACCUCGAAUUAACACACUGUUCCAGAAGGACAGACACACACUUGCUUAUGACAAGGGAUGGAGAGUUAGAACAGAUUUCAAGCAGUACCAGGUAAACCUUUAA